UAAGAUAAACAGACCUUCCAUUUGGUUUCAGUCUGAGCCAGAAUUAGGCUCUGUAAGCAUGGCUGCCUUCCAGCCUCACUAUUGGGUUGUCUUCCUGACUGGGCUUAUUGUUGGGGCCUCUGCUGUGGAAACAUUCCUUGCUGCCGUCUAUGAGCAUGCUGUUAUACUUACAGGACCCACCCCAAAACUUGUCUCUCCAGAAGAAGCCGUGAAUUUAAUGAACAGAAAUCUAGACAUCUUAGAAGAAGCCAUCAAAACAGCUGCUGAACAGGGAGCCCGUAUCAUUGUGACCCCUGAAGAUGGCAUUUAUGGGUGGGUCUUUACUCGGGAAACACUUUAUCCUUAUCUUGAGGAUAUACCAGAUCCUGAAGUAAACUGGAUUCCAUGCAAUGAUCCAGAAAGGUUUGGAUUUAACCCAGUGCAGAAAAGGCUUAGUUGCAUGGCAAAGGAUUAUGGCAUCUAUGUGGUCGCCAACAUGGGCGACAAGAAACCUUGCAACUCCAGUGAUCCUAAGUGUCCCAGGGAUGGUCGCUAUCAGUACAAUACCAAUGUUGUUUAUGAUUCAGAAGGAAAGUUUCUGGCCCGUUAUCACAAGUACAACCUUUUUGCCUCAGAAAUCCACUUCAAUUUUGCGAAGGAGCCACAGUUUGUCAGCUUCAACACCUCCUUUGGGAAGUUUGGUGUUUUCACUUGUGCUGAUAUGCUUAACUUUCGUGAACCUGCCAUCUCAUUGGUGGAAAAAUUCAAGGUGGACACCAUCCUUUUUCCAACUGCUUGGUUAAAUACUCUACCCCUUUUGUCUGCUGUUCAAUAUUACUCAGCCUGGGCAAUGGGGAUGCGUGUGAAUAUCCUUGCAGCUAAUAUACACAAACCCAGUUUGGACAUUACUGGGAGCGGCAUUUUUACACCCAAUGGGCCAAAGGCAUAUCACUUUGAUAUGGAAAGCCAGAAUGGCAAACUCCUGCUCGCAGAAAUUGAGGCACGUCCCUGUCUUUCUCCCACCUACCCUCCACCUUUCAACUGGAGCUUGUAUGCAUCAGGGCUUCAACAUUUCCCACCACAGAGCCCGGUAUUUCACAACCCUAUCUAUUUUGAUAAUUUCACCUUUACCGAACUAUCGCAAGAGGCAGGAAACUAUACCGUCUGCCAGAAGAACCUGUGCUGUUAUUUGAACUACAGUAUGGCAGAGAAGCAAGAGGAUGAAGUUUAUGCUUUGGGUGUUUUUGAUGGGCUUCAUGUGAUUGAAGGAGAAUAUUAUUUGCAGAUCUGCACAAUCCUGAAGUGUAACGGCACAAAUCAGAAAUCAUGUGGCCAGCGAGUUGAUACUGCUGUUACCAGGUUCAAUUUCUUUUCCCUCAGUGGCUCAUUUAACACUAACUAUGUGUUUCCUGAAGUGCUACUCAGUGGGACCCAACUGGCCCCUGGAGAAUUUAAGGUCUUGCCUGAUGGACAGAUGAUAAGUGAGAAAGGCCUGUCAAAACCAUUUUUAGUGGCGGCUCUUUUUGGAAGAUGGUAUGAAAAAGACUCUCCACAUCCUACCUCCACCACACCAUGAACCAGGCCUUCAUGAUUUACUUUCCUUUCAUGUGGUCAAAAUUCUGUGGUUUGAAAAUAUUAACCCUGGCUAUUUAUGUCUAUUUUCUAACAGUUCUGGUAGCUAAACAGUUUGGCUAAAGCCAAAGUGAAAGAUGAUCAAUAUUCCGACAUGCACAGGAUCAAAAUGAAUACUUCAAAUAAUGCAAUGAACUUUCUUCACCCUUGAAAAUUUCUGGGAAUCCCUUGUCUAUAUGAGUCAGGGUACUUUUCAUAACAAUUUCCAUCUUUUCAUUUUCUACCACAAAUCUGUGGAGCAGGAAAAGAAGGGAUAGUGUUACUUGGAAUUUUAGACCUCAUUAUUAGCAUUUUAAUAAAGGUGAUAUUAGGAUUUUAGCAUGGCAUCCAUGUCCCCUGUAAGAAACUGAUGGGGCUAGGGUUGUUUUUGCAGAGAAAACUACUUUUGAGAGAGAUAUGUGUUUAAUAGUUCAAAAGGACAUUGGGACAUUAAAGCUAAAAAGGUUAUGACCGGAAAACAAGAAGAGUCUGUUAUUCUGAUAAGUGAGUCAGCUUGUGCAAGCGGACUAGCCAACAGUUUUAAUCAUACAGCCUGGUACAUUUGAGAAUGUAGAGAAAUUAACUGCUUUCCUCAAUUUAUUAUGCUUAUGCUGCUAAGAUUGUAAAUAAAUACGAAUUGUAGGCUAUGAAAUCAAUUUUAAAAAGGGGAAAGGUAAUCUAGAAAAAAAAAAGGUAACUGGGCAAAAGGUGAGGAGACAGAUAAAACAUGGAGAAGUUCAUGAAGAGGGGAAGAGGCAUUUUGAGAAGAUUGUGUCUCUGUAGUCUUUGUCCAAGGGGGCUGCAAGGGAGGGAUUUGUACUUCGGGUUGAGGGAAUAAAAAGCUGAUGAAAUCUAUUCCUGGGAGUAACCCACAUAGCUGGUCAACCGCUCUUGCAAGAACAUAUUUUAUAAUAAACUGUUUGCUGCUUCACUUUAUGAGCCUGUCAAAUUUCUGACUGGUGAGUCUGUUUCUCACACUCCUUUUUAAGUGUAGGAAAUCAUGUUUUCCCUUUAAACCAAAACCAUUUAUUUUAUUGCACAAAAUUUAGCCCAAAACAAGCCUGAUUGGAAAAGGAGAAGAUACAACAUAUUUUAGGGUAGGGGGUCCCCAACCCCCUGUCUGCGGCUCACUACCUGGCCACGCUUCAUUCGGAACUGGACCGAGCAAGUGGUGGGUGAGCAGGUGUGCAUGUGCAGCUCCAUUUGUGCAAGUGGUGGGUGUGCGUGCUUGCACUCAAAGCUCCAUUUGCACAAGCGGUGGGUGCACGCGACCCCUACUUGCACAAAUUAAGUUGAGUAUGUUCACAUGCAUGCCUGCAGCUCACACGGAAACAUUCCUUCACCCCCACUGGUCCGCCAAGCCACUGUUUAGGAGUUUUGUUUUUUUCUCAUAACUAAUCAAAGUCUUAUUUAUCUUUCUGACUCAUAUAUAUUAAAUGUAUGUAUCAUUUGUUUCUCUGCCCUAUAUAAAAUCUUGAACCCCUUUAAUAAAAUGCUUUUCACUUUCCCCAAAAUAUUUGUGGUUCUUAUUGUCAGUGGUGAGGGGAGCAAAAAAUCACUUUGCAAAGGUAUUGAGUGUUUCUGUCUCAAAUUCAGGGGCUAGGUUCUUUCCAGCCCCACACCAACUCAGGUGCCUGGGUUUCAAAGGCAAAAUUCAUAUCAUAUCCCUGUUGAUUGGUAGUUUUCUGCAUUUGUGCAUAAUUGCUCUGGAAGGCAUC